GACCUCACCGCCGGCGGUGAGACUCCGGACUGGAGCUGCGGGACAGUGGAUAGUCACCCCCGACCUUCCGUUGGCUGCUCCGAUCUCCUCCGCACCCGCCAAAACGCUGGCCAUGACGGGCUCACUGUUCAAGGGGAACUUCUGGAGUCCCGACAUCCUCAGCACCGCGGGCUAUGACAACAUCAUCCAACACCUGAACAACGGCCGCAAGAACUGCAAAGAGUUCGAAGACUUUUUAAAAGAAAGGGCAUCAAUUGAAGAGAAAUAUGGCAAGGAUCUGCUCAACCUCUCUAGGAAGAAACCAUGCGGACAGUCUGAGAUCAACACCCUGAAGCAGGCCCUGGAAGUCUUCAAGCAGAAAGUGGAAAGUGUAGCCCAAUGCCACAUUCAGCUUGCACAGACCCUAAGAGAAGAGGCCAGGAAGAUAGAAGAAUUCAGGGAAAGGCAAAAGCUACAACGGAAAAAGACAGAGGUUGUAAUGGAGGCUGUCCAUAAACAAAGGAGCCUACAGUUCAAGAAAACCAUGGAUGCAAAGAAGAACUAUGAGCAGAAAUGCCGAGACAAAGAUGACGCAGAGCAGGCUGUCCACCGCAGUGCCAACCUGGUCAACCCGAAGCAACAAGAAAAGCUUUUUGUGAAACUGGCAUCUGCGAAGACGGCACUCGAGGACUCCGACAAGACAUAUAUGAUACAGGUCAAUACGCUGGAUAAGAUCCGAGAAGAGUGGCAGAGCGAGCACAUCAAGGCCUGUGAGGUGUUUGAAGCUCAAGAAUAUGAACGAAUAAACUUCUUUCGGAACUCAUUGUGGUCACACAUGAAUCACCUGUCGAAACAAUGUGUCACCAGUGAUGACAUGUAUGAACAAGUCCGCAAGAGUUUAGAAAUGUGCAGCAUUGAGAAGGACAUUGAGUACUUUGUGACUCAACGGAAAACGGGACAGACUCCACCAGCACCCAUCAUGUACGAGAAUUUCUACUGCCCCCAGAAGAAUGCAGCCCCACAAGGAAAGGCUACAGGGCCGACCUUGCCAAGGAGAGGGCCUCUCCCGAUUCCUAAAAGUUUACCAGAUGACCCGGAUUAUUCUUUGAUUGAUGGCUACAGUUUGAUCUACCAGUGACAGCGAUGAUCACAGAGCCUUUUCUGGCUGGUGCUUCUGUGGCAGGAAAGGAGGCACUCAGCCCAGCCGAGUCUGUGGAAAUUGUGUCAAUCAUGAAGACUUUGAAGUGAACCCUUGCUGUAAUUUUAUGAUAUUUUAAGUUUAUGGUAAACAUUUAGUUUAACUUAAGCUAGUAGAGUUCUGCAGUUUCCAAAUGAAGUUUACAGAUCGGCCCAGACUCAAGAAUGAUCCUUUCUCAAUCAGUUACUAAAGUUGUGAAUGCAUUGUUUUCUACUUGAUCCAGAACAGUCUCUGGAUUGGGCGCCUUGACUCUUGGGGGACAGGAACAGGGAUGGCUGGAGAGGAGGCUGAGCCAUCCCCCGCACGACAAGUCCCUCUGUAUUUGGGGCAGCGUGCUCUGGCAUUUCCACAGUGACACACUGUCAGUGGUGCAUGAUUUAAAAUGACCUUCCUUUUUGACUGGAAGACUUAGAGGCCACCUGAUCAUGCUUUCCCAUUUUGCAGACGAGGAAAUGAGACCCAGAAGUGUGAAAUCAGUUUCCUUACUGUUGUCCCGGCUGGUUCUGGACAGACCAGAACUAGAGUGCGAGCUCAUCCUGCAUCACUGUUCUUCUAACCCUUCCUGAGGCUGUGAUGCUCUUGAUGAAAUUUGAGACGCCAACUGUUUUUGCUGGCAUCUUUUAAACUGGGAAAACAACCAGGGUUUAAAUGUCAGAUUUAUUUUUAUAUGGUUCAGUGUGUGUACUGAACUCCACAGCACCACCUUUAAUUUAAUGAGGAAACAUCGAUGGUAAAAUAUACUAUUAUUUCACACACCACUAAGAAAGUCCGGUAGGGGAGAGUUAACAGUUAACUUGUGACAGUUAAUGGCCAAGCCCAUUUGAAUUUCAGAUGCUAAAGCAUGCAAAAGAAAAAAAAAAACAGAGAAAGAAAGAAAGAAAGAAAAAGAAAAGAAAGGAAGGAAGGAGGGGGAACAUUGUCAAUAAAAUAUAGUAUUUUUACCCUAUUCUUCAUGAGAAACUUAGAGUUACAAAGCCAGACCUCAGUCCUGGGUCUUCAGAGAGAAUCUUGCCCUUCCUAGAUCCUGGAAUCUUUAAAGCGUCAACCUUACCCUUUCACAAAAAUUGGGGUUUUCCCUUUGUCACCCAUAAACCGCAGGGGGAUUAUGUGCCUUUUGUACAAUAUUCACACACUGAGAAAGCACGUCAUUUUAGGUAGUGACAAGUUAGACUAGCACUGGUACUCAUUCAGUGUGUCGUAAAAUUCUGUUACCACAAAGCAAAUAUUUUCCUCUCCUGCCCUGUACAAUAGCUUUCCCAGAAAUAGGGGCAAAUUGAUUGAAAGAAGACUCUUUUCCCUUUUUUAAUGUAAAGCGCUAAUGAAAGUGACAGCUUCUUGUCAUGACAGGAAACUUGCAACAGUUGGAUAUCCUUUUGAGAAACUGAAGUUUGCAAAGGGCCAUGGACUUCCCCAAAUGAACAGUCUCAGGAAAUUUUCCUUCAGACUCAGAACAUUCUAUUUCUAAGUGCUUUAUUUAUUGUUGGCAGUUCCUCAGGGAUUUCACCUUUCUAUUAGUCAGUAUAGUGAAUGUAAAAGUGUUUUAUGAUCUGAAAAUAUUUGUAUUUUAAUUGCUCUUUCAGUUCAAUAUGAAGUAAAAUAAAGGUUCUUGAUGAUUUGGGA